AUGGAUGCCAUUUCGGAUCGGGCUUUUACGGAGACCAAUUCCACAACAGCGCAGAAUAUCCACAAGGUUAUUGAUGAAACACCGUCCUUGCUAACGGUCAUUUUGGAUUUACAUCCUCUUGAAUGGAAAUCAUACACAGCAAACAAUGAAAAUAUUAGUUUUAGAGAUGUCACAUCUGCGAUGUUGGUAAUGCUAAACUCACAUUUGGCUUUGAAUAGUGGAAAUCGUGUAAGCGUUUAUAUUGCCAACAGUUUCCACCAUGGGGCAAAGCUAGUUUAUCCUGAAGUUGAUGAAAUAAAAAAAGAGAGACUAGAUCAGGUUGAAGCUAAAAGACAACGUACAUACUUACAGAAUGGUGAUGGCAAUGACGGUGAUAAUGAUAAUGAAAAACUGAAAGGACUUAGAGAAAACAAACAGAGGCUGCUCAAAAGUUUGGGUUUGUAUGGACAAUUUAAAGUUAUAGACGCUAGAAUAUUAGAGAUUCUACAAGAGCUAUUUGAAAUCGAGCCGGACCGUCUCAAGGAGAUAAUAAGUAAAGACAAAGAUUUUAUCAAAGGAACUAUGAUAGGUGCCAUAUCUACAGCGUUAACGGCAAUAAAUAAGUUACAAACAGAAGAAGAUACGUUGAAUAUGAAGGCAAGAAUUAUGGUCAUAAGUGUCAGUGGAGAUAAUACGUUACCCUAUGUCUCGAUGAUGAACACUAUUUUUGCGGCACAGAAGAUGAAGGUCUCCAUUGAUGUAUGUAAGUUGGGACAAAGUUCAAUCUUUUUGCAACAAACAAGUGAUGCAACAAACGGGGUCUAUAUUGAUAUCAAACACCCAUCCGGAUUAAUACAGUAUCUGAGUAAUGCCCUAUUUAUCGAACCAAUGUUGCGUCCACUUAUAGUUUUGCCUACAAAUACUACAAUUGAUUUUCGUGCUUCUUGUUUUGUGACUAACCAAGUGGUCGAUAUAGGGUACGUUUGCUCGGUCUGUCUCUGCAUUAUCAGUAUGGUUCCCAACGAUGAGAUGUGUCCGACCUGCCACUCUAAAUUUGAUCAUAAAUUAAUCACCAAAUUGAAACGUAAGCCAAAAGUUCUACCCUUGGAGGUGAAAAAGAAGAAGAAGCAAGCUUGA